GUUGGUUUGGCGCAAAGAAUCACCUGGCAACGAACGUCUCCUUUUUAUCUGUAUUGUGCAUCGCCUGACUGCCCAACUUCUUGAACCUCGACUGUGCACAUGAUCAACGCUAACUGCUUACGAUAGCUGCAAGGCCACCAUCAAUAGUACUAUUGAAAACAAAUACCAUGAAGAACAUCCUAGGACUAGUACAAGGGGCUACCAGCCGCAUUGAUCUCGAAUUUAAAACUGAUCGGGGGCAGCCCUAUAAGAAGACGGUGCCUGUUAAGACCAAGAAUGGCGAAACGGAGGACCUGCCUUUGUACACUAACAAGGACGACAUUCUUGGGGAGAUCCGCGUGACACCGCUCACAACGAAGAAGUUUGAGCACCAGGGCAUUCGGGUGCAGCUCAUAGGACAGAUUGAGCUCCUCUCGGAGCGCGGGCAGCCCCAUGACUUCGUCAGCCUCUCGCGGGAGCUGUCGCCCAGCGGCGACCUGACGACUUCAAAAACCUACCCGUUUGAAUUCCGAAAUGUGGAGUUGCAGUACGACUCGUACCGGGGGCAGCAAGUACGAUGCAGGUACUUCCUGCGUGUCACUGUGCUGGGGUCGCGCAUGUCGCCCGACUCCAAGCGCGACUUCCCGCUGUGGGUGCGCAACUACGAGAAGCUGCACGAGGCCACCGCACCCAUCAAGAUGGAGGUGGGUAUCGAGGACUGCCUGCACAUCGAGUUCGAGUACGACAAAGCCAAGUACCACUUGCGGGACGUUGUGGUUGGCAAGAUCUACUUCCUGCUGGUGCGCAUCAAGCUCAAGUACAUGGAGAUCGAGAUACGGCGCAAGGAGACCACGGGGUCGGGCACCACGGCACACAACGAGAACGACACCAUUGCAAAGUAUGAGAUCAUGGACGGGGCGCCCGUGCGUGCGGAGAGCAUCCCCAUCCGGCUCUACCUCGCUCCCUUCGACCUGUCCCCCACCUACCGAGAAGUGCACAACAAGUUCAGCGUGCGCUACUUCCUGAACCUGGUGCUGGUGGACGAGGAGGACCGGCGCUACUUCAAGCAGCAGGAGAUCACGCUGUACCGCAGGGAGGAGGGGGCGGCGGGGGGCGCCAGCACACCACCUGCCGCACCUGCAGCCGCCACUGCCGCCGCCGCCUCGCCGUGAGGAUGGGAG